AUGCCUGGUGCCAGGAGUAAAGGCUGCCGAACAUGCAAGCAGCGACGCAUAAAAUGUGACGAGCGCAUGCCGAUAUGCUCCCAAUGUGAGAAAAGCAAACGUCAUUGCACAGGUCCAGAUUCCCCGUUUCGAUAUCAGUACGGCUCGGCAGAACAGCGCGCACAGCUUCUUCAAGCCUUGGACGCGAUUCCCUUUGACGAGAAUGGUGGCAGCCCUUCUGUCAGUUGCUUGGAAUGGCACAAGUUCGCACAGCCUGAGGAUGCAAUACUAGAUCCUGUGGCGUCAGUCAUUCCCCUCACCCAUUCCGAGCGCCUUGCGGCAACCCUGAUCUCGGCGCUCGAAAGACCCACCGGGUUCGGUGCACGCCUGCAGCAGAUGGGCUUCGUUUUCGGCAAACUUCCACCUCGUCUGGGCCGAAGCCGGGCCCUUGACGCCGCGGUCAACUGCUUCUUGUACUCUUUUACUGCUGUCUCCAUGGGCCAGCCUCGCAACCAGGCCCUGGAAUUGGCCCGCUACUGUACUGCCAUCUCUGCGCUUCGACAAGAGCUGGCCCAGUACGACAGUGAUCGCUUACUCUCCACGACGUCUGAAACACUCUGUGCAUCGCUGCUCCUCGCUCAGUAUGAAAUCCUGAAACCCGGACCGGCUUACUCGUUCGUCACGCUGUCAGGCGGCGUCUCUGCAAUCCUCAGAGGCUGUGGCCCAAGGCGCGCUCAGUCGUCGGAGUUUGAGGCUGCAAUCUUCAUGACCCAGUACCCGACCAUCAUCACGCAGUGCCUGUUGCGCGGUGAGGAUUGCUUUCUCAGCGGAUUGGAAUGGGCCAACGCAAUGCGCAGGACUGGCGGGCCGGACUCGGAAAGUCCUGUCACAGCGGAGCUAUGGACGGUCCUUGCCAGACUGCCCGGGCUACUGGUGCGUGCCAGAGGAUUGGACCCAGAGUCGCCGUCCUCGGCCUCGUCGCCUCUCCACGCGGAGCUGCUCGCUCAGAUAUACAAAAUCCGCGCCUCAAUUGUCAUCCAAUCCGAUACUGUCACGCGCAACCUCUCCACACCGGGCGUCUACGCCACCUACCCUCGAGCCUACAGAGGCCCAUGCCCCGCCCCAAGUUUCCACCCGGAAGGCAAGCAUGAAUCGCUACAGCCGGCGAGGUACAUCAAACAAGCCACAUUCUACCACGGAUGCGUCAUCCUGAUCAACACGGUCCUCCAAGACUUCCUCUCGACUCCCAACCCCGCCCUUGCCCUCCAAACGUCACAAUCCGCAACUUACAUUCUGGAGACGCUGGACUUCGCGGCGACGACCAAGCCCUUUGGGGCCUUCUACAUGACCUUCGCAGGACCGCUGUGCUAUGGGGUGCUCGCCGACCCCCUGCAGCGGGAGACGCUGCUUGCUGGAAUGAAAUGUGUCUUUGACGAAGUCGGGAUCUUUUGGACUCAUCUGGCGAUGCAAGAGGUCUUUUACGCGCUGACCAAGGGUGGCUGGCGGAAUCAAGUAGCCUUGACGGCCCCGAGAUGA